CUCUCUCUCUCUCUUUUUUUUUUUUCUUUCUUUUUUUUUUUUCUUCAUCUUCUGCCCUGUGUCCCACCUCCCGGUUUUACUAUCAGCUUUCAGAGCUUCCAUUUACACACUGGCGGGGGGGGAGGGAAGAGAAUACAAAAUAAUAGAAAGGAUAUAAAAGGCAAAACAAUAAGCAACAAUAGCAACAACAAAAAAAGCACAUACAAAAAACCAAACCAAAAAACAACAACAAAAUCUAAACAAAAAAAAAAAAACAACCCAACAAAACAAAAGAAGACUCGGCCUCCUGUAAGUUGCGCCCUGGCAUCUCAUUGAAAGAAGAUACAGGAGGUGAUAGAAAUAGACUAGAAAGGUAAGCCGGGGGCGAAUACUCUUUUUCUUCUGAGCGAAGCAGACACCACACAAAGCAAAAAUGUCUGCUCGAGGAGGGAAGAAGAAAACCACCAAGCUUUCUCGCUCUGCCCGGGCAGGAGUUAUCUUUCCAGUGGGUAGAAUGAUGCGUUACCUGAGAAGAGGGACUCAUAAAUAUAGAAUAGGCAUGGGAGCACCAGUCUACAUGGCCGCUGUCAUAGAGUACCUGGCAGCUGAAAUCUUGGAGCUAGCGGGGAAUGCAGCUAGAGACAACAAAAAAGGCAGAAUCACCCCGAGACAUAUUCUUCUAGCAGUCGCCAAUGAUGAAGAGCUUAACCAGUUACUCAGAGGAGUGACCAUUGCAAGUGGAGGUGUUCUUCCAAGAAUUCACCCUGAGCUUCUAGCUAAAAAACGAGGAUCCCGGGGCAAGGAGACCAUUCUUUCUCAGCCAGUGGAGAAAAGGAAGAAAAAAGGUGGCAAGACACUGGACAAAACUCUGGCCAAAAAAUCUAAAUCUGGGAAAAAUAAAAUUCUUAAAAAGGACAAACAAGUCGAUGGAAAAGAAGGUGCGUCAAGUUCAACAUCGGAUGAUGGACCAGGGGAUGGGUUUACCAUCCUUUCAUCUAAGAGUCUUUUACUUGGACAGAAGCUGUCCUUGACCCAGAGUGAUCUUGCUCACAUAGGAUCAAUGAAAGUUGAAGGCAUUAUACAUCCUACCACUGCUGAAAUUGACCUCAAGGAAGACAUAGGAAAUGCCCUGGAAAAGGCUGGUGGAAAGGAAUUCCUGGAAGCGGUUAAAGAACUGCGCAAGGCUCAUGGACCCUUGGAACUCACUGGAGCUGCCCUUAGCCAGUCAAACGGAAUUGCAGCCAAGUUUGUCAUCCACUGCCACAUCCCUCAGUGGGGAUCAGAGAAAUGUGAGGAGCAGCUGGAGAAGACCAUUAAGAACUGUUUAUCUAUUGCUGAGGACAAGAAGCUAAAGUCUGUGGCAUUUCCAUCCUUCCCCAGUGGCAGAAACGGGUUUCCCAAGCAGACAGCCGCUCAAGUGAUCCUGCGAGCAAUCUCUAGCCACUUCGGUUCCUCCAGCUCUUCAACUGUGAAGAAUAUUUACUUCCUCUUAUUUGACAGCGAAAGCAUCGGCAUCUAUGUGCAAGAAAUGGCAAAGCUAGACACAAAGUAGAAAGGGACGAUUCAAGACAAGCUUCACAGACCAGAACCGUUAAAAACCCGUAACAAGAUGAUUGAAAGACAUAGAUCUGAUAUUUUAUUGUUAAGAAGCUGUGAACCUUGUUUGAAAUUUUGUGCUUUGAGGACAGCUUUUGAGUUUGUUUUUUUUCCAUGGGUGAGGAGGUAUGUUUUGCCUAAAUGAUCCUCAUUGUGAAUUUAUUCUCUUUCUGUAACAAGCCAGCACCCCCUUUGCAUUUUUAUAGAAGCUGAAACAAAGAAAUAUAUUCCUCUGUUGUCACCAUUUCUUUUUUUCUCCAAGGAUGUUAAGGAUGUUGUUCCCGUCAUAUUCUCUUACUUAUUUUGUCUGUCUUAUUAUUUUAGACUUAGUGUUAAAAACAGCUGGAUAAAAAAAACUUGUUUUAGAUUUGUAGUAUUGGAUUUUACAAGAGAAAUAAGACCAUGAAAUUAUUUAAAAAAUUAAGCAAACUUCUUA